AUGGCGAUGUGGGCAAGGCUGAGAAGCGUCUUUCAGAAAGAGAAUGUGGACAGUAGAAUAACUGAAGAGAGGCAGAAGGCACCUGGCCUUCCAUCUAAUUUUAAAAUAUCAAGAAAGAAGUUGUCCUGGGGAAGGCACAAUGAGUCCUGGGCAGAGGAGUUGGGUUUGAGGGCCAGUGGGGAGCCACCAUCCCCCCCAGAGAUCCCCUACAAGAAACAGGUGAAGACAGAAAUGGACAGGCUGACCACUCAGCUGCAGCUGAUGACCACAGACAGAAAUGAGCUGCAAGAUCGCCUGACCCUUAUCACAGAAGGAUCCUUGGACAAUCGGCCCUAUCAUAGGCCAAAUCCUUUCAGUGAGAAACUCAAGACACAGCAUUGGACCCUGCAGACUUUGGAGUAUGAGCACACUGAAGCCUCACAGAACUUCAAGGAGCUUGUCAAGGAGACUGGCUUCUAUAGCAACCUCCACAGUCAGAUCCUGAUGGAGCAGACAUGA